AUGACCUAUUUCUGUAAAUCUCGGUUUCGCAAGAGACAUCCGAUCAUGUUUCGAGGCAGUACGUCGAAUAGGUACACAUGGACCGGACAUGUGGCUCCGAAGGACGUGCAAGUGCGGCAUAACGACAUGGUGGGUCGCAGCACCUUGGCGUCGCGACAGAUAACCGCGUUCAGGUCCGGGGUCGAAACGUCACUGACCGCGAUGAGCGACGGGCGGGCGACGGGCGAACGCUCACCCACUGCACACACACGGCUCGAUCGCCAGAAGCAGGCAUCGACACCUGCGACACUCGGCAACACCCAAUUUUUGCCGGCCAAAACAGGACGCGACGAUGCACCACACGGGGCUUUCGACCGCCCACACAAUUUGACGAUGAUGGUCACAAAUUGCGAGAAUUAG